CCACUAGCAGGAAUGGAUUUGGACUCUUUCUCUUUUUACAUUCACAUCGAGGCAGGUUGUUCCAGGGUGCAAAAAAAAAAAAACAAGAAAAAGGGAAAAAGUAAUUAUAGUGUCACAAUCGGUUGCAUAAUUAUAAGAAAAGAGAGCGGACUGCUGGGAUCUGCAUGAUCAGUUACUCUUCCCUGGGGUCGCGUUGACCGCAACUUCUUUCUUUACAAGUUUCGGAAAUGCUUUGACGCGCUUUAACACACUCCUUUUCUCCUCAUAUGACUAUUCUUCAUGUAAAUGUCACAUAAAACGUCACGUGCAUUAAAAUUAGUCCGAAUUUGGGAGUAAUAAAAUAAUUUAGACCAGCUUCCUCAAAUGGAAUUCAUUAUAUUUUGUCCAAAUAUGGAAGGUAGUAUCAGUGGUAAUAUGAAGAGGUACAGAUACAGGUUCUUUCUGGAUAUAGGACACACACACACACACACACACACACAAAUAUGCUAACACGUUAAAAUGUAAUGUGAAUGCAUGCUGCCCAGUCACAUUCCCAAAUAAAAUGAAAAAGUGUCACUAUGUCCAUCUUGAUAUGAUUACUCGUGAAUAAUUAUUACUAAAACAAAAGAGCAUCUUCACAAAACAUUCACGUGCCUCUGAGAAAUCGUAAGUUCAACUGACACAAUAUAUAUGAUGGUCGCCCACAAAAUCACCAAUACGGCCAGUCCAAAUUUCUCAUUGUUUCAAAUUCUCUGUUAAAUCUCGGGGAUCCGUGGACCAUUUGAACACGUAGCCCCUACACUUUGAACACUGUUCAGUUGCUUACACUCAUUUUAGACCACACUGAUUUAUGAAGCUUUGGGUGUUCAAUUUCAGUCGUGUCCUGGCAGUUCAUAAUUAUGUAAGUGCUUUGAUAAUAUCUUAUUUUUAGACUGAACUCGAACAGGGAGCAAAAAUAAACAGGGACAUUUUUCAUAUAGGCUGCGAAUAUAAAAUCCACCAAGGCUAAAACCAAUAAUAUAGCAGGGACAAUAUUGAACUGGAAAUAACAAUAUUUAACACUUGGCUGUAAUAAACAGAACACAAUAUUAACACGGCCAGGUUAAGAUGUAGGUUUCCACCGAUGCUCUGCGUGCAUGAAUUUUUAUUUUACUCUUUGGAACAGCUGAAAGAGUUGGUCUGGACAACAUUUUCUUUCCCCACGACAUCACACCUAGAUUCGGCAGAAUUUCAGUGCACUUUCGUGUGGGGAAGAUCUUGCAAUGUGACAUUAAUACGAUGUCAAUUUUUCCUGAUUACUGAGCACCCAUCAUCUCAUCUGCAAGUGCGCGGACCUGCGGCUCAAAAAGCGGACGCGGUAGAGAAAUUGGGAAGCCAGCAGGAGCGUUAAAAUGCGGAAAAGGGGACUGUGCAGCGCACCACCUCCUCCAAGACACACUUCCCAAACGCAAGGAUCCUCUCCUCCAUCCAUCCCACUGACACGUUCAGCCCCCGUGCCAAUAAAACACCCGUCGCCCUGAAAACAGCUACAAGUAACAUACUUUAAAAAAAAAAGAACGAAAAAAUAAAUGCGGAAGGCUGUCACUUCCAACACGCGCAACCUUCCACAUUUUCUCUGUCCAGAGGACUGCUGAUGAUCGAGGUUUUAACCCCCCCCCCGCGGCACCCCACCUUUUAAAACUACGCCAUCAAAUGUAACGCUAAUACAUAUUACCACGGACGCACCCCUGCACUCGCACCCGCAGACAGCCGCCCCCGCCCGGCGCUCCGCGUUUCCUCCGCGCCUUCUGUCGCUCCACAGUGCGAUGUCAGCGGAGCGAGGCGGCUCGGGCCUCCCGCGUGGACAGCGCGAGCUCCGCGGAGGAGAACAGCGGCAGCAGCAGCAGCAGCGGCAGCAGCAAUAGCAGCAGCAGCACCGUCGCACGCGCUGAUGCGCAAUGUCGCCGCACGCGUGACACCCGCCGCAGCUUUAAAGACAUAUCGCCGAUAACGUCGCGGCACAGCGUCGCGCCAUCAAUCAGCGGGCGGCUGCGCGCAGACACGGCGCAGUCCCGGGAGCGCGGCACCGGGGGACACCUUAACGCUAUCGCAAUAUCCGUGCUCGCUCCUCCUGCUGCUGCUGCUGCAACUUGGAGUGCGGGUUCGGGCGGACUGCAGCGCGCUCGCUGCUGUCGGACGACUCCGUUUCCUCUGCCCGGCUUCUCCUUCUUCUUACCCUCCUCCUGUACCCACGGAUUACUUGCUGCGUGGCCGCACGGAUGGAUGUGUACUGAGCACGAGAGCGGCGGCAAUCACAAUAAUAAUAGAAGCGCGUGGACGGACGGGAUGACAAGGCGCUGAAGUGCGGUGCUGCCGAAGCCCACUGCGCUCCAACUUUCCGGGGGUCGGCGGUUCUGCGCCGAGAUGGAUGAGUUCCAUCCCUUCAUCGAGGCCUUGCUGCCCCAUGUGCGCGCCUUUGCCUACACCUGGUUCAACCUGCAGGCACGUAAGCGCAAGUACUUUAAGAAGCACGAGAAGCGCAUGACCAAGGAUGAGGAGCGUGCGGUCAAGGACGAACUGUUGGGCGAGAAGCCUGAGGUCAAGCAGAAGUGGGCGUCCCGCCUGCUGGCCAAGCUGCGCAAGGACAUCCGACCUGAAUGCCGUGAGGACUUUGUAUUGACCAUCACCGGCAAGAAACCCCCAUGCUGCGUGCUCUCCAACCCUGACCAGAAGGGCAAGAUGCGUAGGAUUGACUGUCUCCGGCAGGCCGACAAGGUGUGGCGCCUAGACCUGGUCAUGGUCAUCCUCUUCAAGGGCAUCCCAUUGGAGAGCACGGACGGCGAGCGGCUGGUCAAAGGCAGCCAGUGCUCCAACUCCAUGCUCUGCGUGCAGCCGCACCACAUCAGCGUCUCCGUCAAGGAGCUCGACCUAUAUCUGGCCUACUUUGUCCAGGAGAGAGAGUCAGAGCAAAGUGGCAGCCCGCAGACGGGUAUUGGCUCGGAUCAGGAGGACAGCAGAGCUCCUACCACAGAUUCGCCUGAAUUUAAGGAAUGCUUUGUCACAUCAGGAGUUUUUAGUGUAAUGGAGCUGGUGCAAGUCUCCAGAACCCCGGUCGUGACCAACGUGGGCCCCAAUUUCUCCCUUGGGGAGUUGCAAGGACACCUGGCGUACGACCUGAACCCUUCUGGGGCGGCCCUGAGGAGGACCCUACCCAGCACAUCUUCCAGUGGGAGCAAGAGGCACAAGUCGGGCUCCAUGGAAGAGGACCUUGACACCAGCCCUGGAGGAGAGUACUACCCCUCGCCCAGCUCACCCGCCAGCAGUUCUCGCAACUGGCAGGAGGAGAUGGAAGGAGGGAUUUCUCCAACAGUGAAAAAGACGGAGAUGGACAGCCCGUCCCCACAGGAGGGGUCCCCCCGCCUCGGAAGCUUCACCCAGCACCACAGACCCGUGAUCGCCGUGCACAGUGGUCUCUCCAGGAGUCCACACCCCUCCUCUUCUUUGCACUUCCCCACGAGUUCCAUAUUACCCCAGACGGCUUCUGCCUACUUCCAGCACACAGCCAUACGCUAUCCGCCGCAUCUCAGCUCACAGGACCCCCUGAAGGACCUGGUCUCCCUAGCAUGUGACCCCUCCAGCCAGCAGCCUGGCCCGCUCAACGGCAGUGGACAGGUGAAAUUGCCCAGCCACUACAUCUCAUCGCAGAUGCUGGCACCACCUCCCCCUCCCAACAUGCCCCGUCUGACGCUGCCCCCCGACUCAAAGUCCAGUACCACCACGGCAGAAGGAGAAGCCAGCUCUCCUACGUCUCCCACAUAUUCCACCCCUGGGACGCCCCCAGCCAGCCGAUCGUUUGUAGGGAUUGGUCCUCGGGACCAUAGUGGUCUCUAUCAGGCACAGGAUGGACUCCAGACCACCGCAACCCUUAAUUUGGACAAGAUCUUACAGAGGAUGAAUAAAUGUUCUAAGUUUUCUCCAACACUUUAACACUCUUUAUGACAAGAGCUUGUUUAACCAGACUAACACUGUGGUGCUAAUAAUUUUCCUAGAAAAGUCAUACUAUGAGAUAUGCCCAUUUAGGUUAUUAAAUUUUACGAGGGCUUUCAUUUAAUUCCCAUCCACUUUGGUAUAACCAGUUCUCUUUCGGCCCUUAUUUGCUAGUUUAACCUGUUAUAAUCUCGGUAAUCGUGGUACCCAGCCCUCAUUUGGAGUAUCCAGUUGAUGUCAUUGCCUUCGGUGAGUGCAAAAUUUGCUUUGUUUUAUGUCUUUUUUUUGUAUUAAAGUUUGAAUUAAUACAUAAGUACAAAGUAUCUUAUGAAUUUAUGUUUUGUGCAGAUAAAUGUACAGGAUGUGCACAGUAUGUAAUAACUAUAAAAGAGCUGAAUGAACACCAGUAAACAGCCACACAGUACUACAGAGUAUUAUGAUUAAUUAUGACAUGAUAAUCAGUGUUAACAGUUGAAACUGUUACACCCAUUUUAUUGAGAUUUGGUGAUAUUUUAAAUUUGUGUCAAUUUUGGGGGUCUAGAAUGAUAUUAAAAACUAU